ACCGGAAGUCCAGUCUCCCGUUCAAGCUACCUGGGGCUUUUCCUCUACCUUGACGCUCAGGUACGGAGCAGGUAGAACAACUCGACUGAAACAGAUAAUUUCGAGCGGAGUUGACAAUUUGGGACCUUCAAAAACGGAUUUCAGCCGGACAUGUGCGGCGUGAGGGGGCGAAGACGACAGUAAUUCGGAAGUCAGUCGUUGGACGCACCGUGUAAACGAUUUCGUGGAGGAGGGGGGGGGGGUUGAGUCAUGUCUGCCGGCGGUUCGAGGCACAGCUAUAAGCACGGCACCGGACGGAGCAGCAGCCAGAGGUCGUCCUACGAGGAGCGCUGCGUUGACCCUGUGGAGGAGAGGCUCCCCACCCCGGAGCCAAAGUCGGAACACAAAGCUCACCUGAAAGAUGCCAACGGGAAGGAGUCUGAAACCAUCGGCUUCAUCCCCGGCUCAGCCGACCCGUCUGCUGCGACGCACACUUGCAAUCCCUGCUCUCCUCAAAGGAGCUGCAGGACCUUCGUGUGCAGCGUGCUCACCUGCGGCCUCUACGGGGUCUGCCGGCGUUCCGUUCUGGCGCCGUGCCUGGCGCCGGACGAGAGCUCCCCGGACCAACCGGAGACGGUGAGCCUCCGGUCGGCGGGCCCGGAAGACAACAAAGAGGACGACGGCACGGACUGGCUCGGGGACGUUUGCAUCGACGGAGUCCGGGUCGACAGUGCGAGAGAGUAUUUGGAGCUCGAUGCUAAAUCUCCAUCGUACGUGCAGCCGAGCCGAACGCAGCCCAGCCACCCGUCCCUGCACGAGUCCAUGAGGUUCGACGGGUGGGAGGACAGCGAGGAGAACGUGGACUCUCUGAUCACCAAGAAGCUGCUGGAGCUCUACUCCGAGUACCAGAUCGAGGAGUUGGCCCGGUGCACCUCUGACUCGGUGUUCCUGAGGAAGAGCAGGGCCAUCGACCAGCUCAUCAACUCGCUGGCGGAGGAGCACAAGAUGGACGAGCAGGAGGCGGAAUGUCGGCUGGUGCGCGGCAUCAUUCGCAUCAGCACCAGGAAGAGCGCCAAGAGGAGGCCGCGCCCCUCCAGGAACGAGAGGACGCUUUCGGACAGCGGGAACGAGACGAUGAGGGAGAGCGAUUCCUUCUUGUUAAGCAACAACAAUGAUUACAAAUCAAAUCCAAACAUUCAAAUAUCCGAUCUGACUUCCUCUGACAAGUGUGCCAGAGAGAUGUGGCGAGCCAAUGGAGGUCAUACUUCCAGUUCUCCAACGGCCUACUCGCCUUCUCGCGCCGAGACCACGUCUUCGGGCGUCCCGCUAAGUUGCACCUCUGUGAGGACGUGAGGACAAAGGAUGCGAUUGGCCCGGCUGUCUGCACGAGGACGCGUUGAAACGUGACGCGGCGGAGCGGAAUGAAAAUGUGAAUAUCCACAUUGUCGGAAGGACGUCAGUGAACUCGGGGCUCUCUCUCCCUCUCUGUGUGUAGAUGUUUGGAUCUUACGUGCGUGUUUGAAGGAUUCCUUGGUGGAGCUUUUAUUGAGUCAAAGCGUCCCGUCGUCCUUGAAGGAGAGUUUGUCCAUUAUAGCUGACUCGUUUUGGCUGUUCUUAAGCAACGUUUAUUUAGUUCUGUAAGUUGUGUGAAUAUACAUGUAUUUCUUUUACAAAUUUCCUCAUCUUGUCUUAAAUUUUGUUUUUAAAUAAUUUGUGUAAUUUUAAAAUCGAUUCAAUGUUUUCAAUCCAGUGGUUGUGUAUCUCACAUUCCCACUCAGUGACUCCAGAUGAACGACUGAAUGGUCUCCUGGAGUUUUUAUCAUGAUGGAACAUGCGCGGUGUGGCCACGGCGUGAAUGGAUGAAGUAAUAUUAUCGAGCAGGAAGAAGAGGUUUAAUGGCUUAAAUAUUUUAAUUCUAAUAUUAAUGGAUUUAUGUGGUUGCCCGAUGGUACAGUAGAAGAAAUUACAAGCCACAGCUUAGCAUUUAAACUACAGGUAGCUAGCCUGGUUCUAUCCGGCGUUUCUCCUCACGCACCAGAUUAUUCCUUGGAUACGAUGUGACAUUCUUACAGUUUUUUUUUGGUCCGUAUUCAUCAGAGAUAAGACACAACCUGUUAAUAAGGGCGCUCCAGAGAUUGUGGUUGGAGUGUUUUGUUAUCUUUGGACCGAGCCAGGCUCGCUGUUUAGCACAGUUUCAGACCUAAUGCUAAGCUAAGCUAUCUGGCUUUAGGCUCCAUACUGGCUGUACACAUAUGAAAGUGGUCUCCCCUUUGCCAAGUAAAUAUUUGUUUUCUUCCCCCAACGAGAGAAAAUAUAUUGUGAAAAUGUUUGCUAGUGUGAGGUUCAUGACAUUCAUGUAGCGUGGGGCCUGUUUUUCUUUACUUAAAGCAGGUUGUUUGUAGUGUAACAAAUAUAUAAAGUGUGUGAUUGUGAAAAAGCUGGUGUUUGCUGCAGCUAUAGCCUCAUGUUGUGUACUAGAAUGAUAAUGUCAUAAAUGUGACUCAACGAGUGAAGGGCUCUGAUGGGAAUCCUGCCAGAUGACUCAGUGGAAUUUAUUCAGCGCCGAGGAAUUCUUAUCAUUAUUGGCUUGUCUUCGCUUUGUAAUACCUCCCAGUGAACAUACACGGGACGCCAAUCCACAUGUUUUAAGUGUGUGUUUUAACUGUCCAGAUUACACUACUGCCUCCCAGGAUCCAUCCUCUUGUGCCCCAUUUCAAUGGUAAUUAUGAGGACAUGUGUUUGCGACAGAUAAUCGAGGUCAGGAACUUACAGCAUCAGCGCAGUCAUAAUGAAAUGGUGGGAAACUGGUUGUUCAGGUUGUGACCAAGAAGCAGAAAAUGCUAAAAAGAAACAAUCAUCCUUUACCUGAUUUGUUGCUUUACAUGUAAUAAAGUGAAAUAAAAAGAA